UCCUCUCCACCACAACACACCAAAGCCUACAACUCGUUUUCCCCUCAAAUGGCAUCCCCAAUAAAAACAGUGGUUGUUCUUGUUCAAGAAAAUCGAUCUUUUGAUCACAUGCUUGGAUGGAUGAAAUCCAUGAACCCAGAAAUUGAUGGCGUCACCGGAAAAGAAUCCAACCUUUUGUCCACCACCAACCACCAUUCCCAACGCCUCUACCACACCAAUAAGGCCGGGUUCAUCCAACCUGACCCUGGUCACUCUUUCGAAGCUACAUAUGAACAAAUCUUUGGUGUUGAAUGGUCCGAAUCAUCAACUCCUGGUCUAACCCCGACAAUGGAUGGGUUCGCUCAACAAGCUGAAAAGGUCCAACAAGGCUUGUCCGAAGUGGUCAUGAGUGGGUUCGACCCAGAAUCCUUACCUGUUUACAAAGAGCUGGUUUCAGAGUUCGCUGUUUGUGACAGGUGGUUUUCAUCGAUUCCCACUUUGACACAACCUAACAGAUUGUAUGUUCACUCUGCAACGUCAUAUGGUGCGACUACAAAUGACACGGAGAUGAUGAUCAAAGGGUACCCACAAAAGACCAUAUUUGAGUCUGUGGAGGAUGGUGGUCAUUCUUUCGGAAUUUACUAUCAGUUACCCCCGUCAACUCUGUUUUACAGAAACUUAAGAAAACUGAAAUACAUAGACAACUUCCAUCAAUUUGAUCUACACUUCAAGCGACAUUGCAAGGAAGGAAAGCUACCAAAUUAUGUCGUUGUUGAACAAAGGUAUUUUGGGAUCAAAGGUUCGCCUGGAAACGAUGAUCACCCAUCACAUGACGUGUCCGAUGGUCAAAAGUUUGUGAAAGAAGUCUACGAAGCUUUGAGAUCAAGCCCACAAUGGAACGAAAUCUUAUUUGUAAUUGUGUACGAUGAACAUGGAGGUUUUUAUGAUCAUGUUCCAACACCAAAUGUAGGGAUUCCAAAUCCUGAUGGUUUGAUCGGCCCUUCACCUUAUAAUUUCCAGUUUGAUCGACUUGGUGUUAGGGUUCCAGCCAUUCUUGUUUCUCCAUGGAUAGAACGUGGGACAGUGUUACAUAAGCCAACAGGGCCAUAUCCUACGUCGGAGUUUGAACAUUCAUCUAUUCCGGCAACUGUUAAAAAGAUUUUUGGUCUGAAAUCACAUCUAACGAAAAGGGACGAGUGGGCGGGUACUUUUGAAGGUGUUGCACGCAGAACUACCCCAAGAACCGAUUGUCCAGUUACUUUGCCGGAGCCCAUGAAAAUGCGAGAGUUUGAGCCAGAUGAAAACGAAAAACUUAGCGAGUUUCAACAAGAGUUGGUCCAACUAGGUGCUGUUUUAAAUGGAGACCAUAAACGAGACAUAUUUCCUAGCAAAUUAGUCGAGAACAUGACUGUAACAGAAGGUGCAAAGUAUCUGGAAGAUGCAUACAAGAAGUUCUGCGAGGAUUGUGAACGAGCCAAAAGAGAUGGUAAAGAUGAGUCUCACAUCGUUUGUUUAGAGGAGGAACCAACUCCUGAAUCUCCAAAGAAAUCAUCGAGGUCAUUUUCUCAAAAGUUGUUUUCGUGUUUAGUUUGUGAACACUAGUGAUGUUAAUAAUGUAUAUUUUGCUUUGUUUCUUAUUGUUUGAAUAUAAUUUUUAAUCAUGUGACGCACGUAUUUGUUUAUAUUUGCCACUAAUAAAAACAUACCUUUUGUUU